AUGAAGUUCAUCGGUACCAUUCUAUGCGCCACUUGCGCUCUCGCAAGUGCUGUCGACGUCGCAAGAAUUCCCGGCUUCGAGAGACUCGGAGAUUUUGCCAAGACUGCCGGCCAUGGUAAACCGGCCGCCGCUCAGGCGCUGCUACAAGUACGGCGCGUGACACGGUCCCUCACCGAGACGAACGAAGCCUUCGACAAGGAAACUUUCGCCACCGAUUCGGAUCGACUCGCCAAAACCAUCAAAACUUCGACCGAAAUAGUACAGGACCCGGCCAGUUAUUCAAAUACGCAACGCUCGGGCCUUCUGGGGCCCACCAUAGGCAUUGAGAUUGAAUUUUCCAUAUUGCGGACUAAACUAGACGGCAUGAAGACAGACAUCGAGAAGAAUGGGAGUUGUCAAUUAGUCCGCGAGACACUUGACACCAUUGCAUCUCGACUAUCCAAUCUUGCCGAGGCCAUAAACGCCAUGGUGCAAGGUGAUGUGAUGGCGCUGCAGACUUCCGUCCUCUUGCGUCUCCUGGAGAAGAUCAAGCAGGACUUUGCGGCAGAACAUUGCAAAGACUCGAGCGAAAAAGCCUGA